AGGCAGACGAGAAGAGGUUUCGGGGCGGGCCCAUUGCCCCGAGCUGUGACUUGGCGGCUGAUGAAUUGCUCCACCCCGCCUUGUACUACAGUAUACUGUGGCUGGCAGGGGAGAAACUCUGCGCUCCGGCCCAGGUAGCGCUGGGUUAAUAAUUGGCAGAAGCUGCUUCGCUUGCCCUGAUGAUCCGUGGCCCCUCCUUGCGGCUCGGGAGUCUCCACCUACCCGGAGCGGUUGGUGACCCGCCCGCUCUUCUUCUUCUUUUCCUUCCUUCCCCGCAAAGAUGAUCCUCGGUUGCGAGCGAGCGGGCGCUUCCUGCUUGCCUGCGAGCUCUAAUCUCAGCAUCGCCUUCCGUCGCGAGUUCAACUUCGGCUCCGGAGCUGCCGAGCUGAGGAAAAGAUUUGCCGCGCUUUGUGAUGGGAGGAGAUCUCCAGGCUGCAAGUUCCUGGCAGAGAUGACAGGAUUUCAGGCACUGUUUCCCCAGGCAUGAGCUCCUCGGAAGGCCUUGAGAACCAGCCACCUAGAAGCCGAACCAAUGCUAUCCACAUUAUGGAGGACUGGAAUGACGUGCCCCAAACACCUGCUGAUACGACCCCCCUGAGGACAGGGCUGCUGCACAAUGCCAACAACAAUGCUUCCUCGGGGCCCUGGCGAAACCUGAAGAGCCCUACUCUUUCUUCUUCUGCCUCCCACUCCAAACUAAGUUACCUGGAACGGGUGGUAUUGGAGAUUGUGGAAUCCGAGCGCAUGUAUGUCCGGGACUUACGAAGCAUCGUAGAGAAUUACUUGGGGAAGAUCAUAGACACUCAGGAGCUGCUGCUGCGACCAGAACAAGUCAGUGCUCUCUUUGGCAACAUUGAGGAUAUCUAUGAACUGAACAGUGAGCUUCUGCAGGAUCUGGACAGCUGUCACAAUGACCCUGUUGCCGUGGCAAGAUGUUUCGUGGACAGGAGCCAAGACUUUGAUAUCUAUACUCAGUACUGCAAUAACUACCCGAACUCUGUGGCAGCUCUCACUGAAUGCAUGAGGCACAAACAGCUGGCCAAAUUCUUUCGUGAGCGGCAAGAGCAAAUCCGUCAUUCAUUGCCCCUUGGCUCCUACCUUCUCAAGCCGGUCCAACGCAUUCUCAAAUAUCACCUGCUCCUUCAGGAGAUAGCAAAGCACUUUGAUAUAGAAGAGGAUGGCUAUGAAGUUGUGGAGGAAGCGAUUGACACCAUGACCUGUGUGGCGUGGUACAUCAAUGACAUGAAACGGAAGCAUGAGCAUGCUGUGCGGCUGCAGGAGAUUCAGUCAUUGCUUAUUAACUGGAAAGGCCCAGACUUAACUACAUAUGGAGAGCUAGUCCUGGAGGGCACCUUCCGCGUCCAUCGGGUCAAGAAUGAGCGAACUUUUUUCUUGUUUGACAAGAUUUUACUCAUAACAAAGAAGCGGGGUGAUCAUUAUGUGUACAAAAGCCAUAUACCAUGCUCCUCCCUGAUGCUGAUUGAGAGCACCAGAGACUCACUUUGCUUCACUGUCACCCACUACAAGCACAACAAGCAACAAUACAACAUCCAGGCCAAAUCAGGGGAGGAGAAGCGUGUGUGGACUCACCACAUCAAGCGUUUGAUCCUGGAAAAUCACCAUGCCAUCAUCCCUCAGAAAGCCAAAGAAGCCAUAUUGGAAAUGGACUCCUACUAUCCUCCUCGCUACAAAUAUAGCCCAGAGCGACGGAAGAAGUCCUGGUUAGGCCAGCCUACAGAAGACAUUCCUCAACAUGGCCGCCAGGGGCGCCGGCAAUCAGAACCUUUCCAUGGCAAAAACAGUACUCAGAAGUGUCUAGAAGGACUGCACCCUGCCCUGGCAGGGCUUAAAGGCCGCAGAAAAUCGGAGCCAACAAAGCAGAUCCUCAAGCAACUGAGCAACAGAGGACUAAAGCAUGCCGAUAGUGAUGGAGCCCUUUUGGAGUUUGGGGAAACCCCACAACCCCCCCACAGCUUACCCCCCGAAGAGGAGGAGGAGGAGGAGGACCAGCAGGCCCAUCCCGAAGAGUCUCCAGAAGAGUUGGCUGAAAGUGACGGCAGCGAGAAGGAGACUGGGCCAGAGGAAGAGGAGGAGGAGGAGGAGGAGGAAGAAGAGAGGCUGGGCAAGGGACACAAAGCACAAGAAGGACCCAAACAAUGCCUGUUUUCAGGCAGGAAUGAGAAAAUCAGCACCAUGGAGACCGGUUCCUCCGUCCCAAAGGCUCGAUCAGCCAUGGAGCUUAGCAGAGUAUUAGAAGUCUCUGCCCAGAAGGAAGAGUGUCCAGAAGAGAAUCCUUCCGACCCAGAGUCAACUGGGCUUGUGGACCCUGUCCUAGCAGAGCAGCAAGAGGCCCCCGAUAAGUGUCCAGACAGUCUGGAGCCCACUGAAAAUACAGAACAGCUGAAGCCCCUUAGCAGUGAGGAGGAGGAAGAGGAGGAAGAAGAAGAGGACAGCCAUGCACCCCAGCCCAGAAGCAUCCUCCCAGUCUCUGUGCUGGAUCAGGCCAGCAUUAUUGCAGAGCGCUUUGGCAGCAACCUUUCCCGUCGGAGUAGCCUGGCCCUUGAGGAGGGGAAGGGCCCUUUGACCCCCAAGCUGGCCAGCCGGAGCAGCAGCAUCCUAAGCUUGGAAGGGAGUGAAAAGCCUGCCCUAAAUCGCCAAAACAGCACUGAUACCUCACACUGCCUCAUGCCACCAGAGACCUCGGCAGAGUCCAGCAGUGUCUGUGGUCAGGCAGCUUCACCUGGGCUCUUUGAGCCUGAUCACCGUCCUUCCUUGUGCAAAAGGAAAGAAUCCAUGCUCUCCCAGCAGGACCGGCAGCUGCUGGACAAGAUCAAGAGCUACUAUGACUAUGCAGAGCAUCAGGAUGCUGGCUUCAGUGUCCGGCGGAGAGAGAGCCUCUCCUACAUCCCCAAAGGACUGGUGAGGAAUUCAGUCUUCCGCAUCAACAGCCUUCCCCAGUCGCAGCCUGGCCCAGAGGUCCUAAGGAAGAAGAACCUGGGCCCAGCCUUGGGCAGCACUGGGGUGGGGCGGACGGCAGCCUGGGUGCUGUCUAACCGGCCUGGGGUUGGCUCACAGAUCCUCCCCUCUGAGGCAGCGGGUGAUGAAGCCCCUGCCCCCAUCACUGAAGCAGAGUUCAGGCCACCUGCUGAGAUGAUUAAAGUCUGGGAGGAAAUGGAGAAACCGAGGCGAGAGUGCUGGAGCAGGCAGGUUGAAGAUGGCGGCACCAAGGGCGGCAAGGCCAAUGGGCCCUUGACUCGGGGCGCCUCAGGACGGCACACGGAGCCUUCCUUGAAAGACAGGCUCAGGGGCCAGGAGAACGGCCUGGACCUCCAUGAGCCACUUUUUAUCCUGGAGGAUGGUGACCUUGGGGACAUCACGGAAGAGUCGGCCGUGCCCUCCCCUGAGAGCAAAUCACCCACAGAACGGGCCAUGCCCUCAAGGUUGCCCUGGAAGGCAUUGCAAGGGCUAGGGAGUUGUGAGCCAGAUUGGGGUCCCUCUCAGAUGCACCCCCGUGUCAUGCAGCUGGCCCACCUGACUGAGGCAGAGCUGACGGAAAAGGUGAAGAACAAGGUGUACCAGCUGGCCCGCCAGUACAGCCUUCGGAUCAAGGGUCAGAGACCUACCCCACGUAGGAAACUGGCUGAGGUGGAGGAGGAGAUGAAGGGCAGCAACUCAAGUGGCCAGCAGGAAGGAAAGAAGGAGAAGGGCAAACAGAAGCCAGCCUUGAGUCUCCUCAACUAUGAACAAGUUUUGCUGCAGGAGGCCAGUCCACUGAGCGUGGUGUCAUCUUCCUCCACUCACGAGAAGUCGCCCAAGUGCUUCUCCUUCAGCCCCUGCUCCAGCAGCCCCCACCUCAUUUCUCCGACCAGUACCCUUUCGCACAGCCCCCUCAGUCCCAUGGUAGUUGAGAAAUUCAGCUGGCCUGAUGUGCGGGAGCUGAGGUCAAAAUAUUCCUGUCAGGCAGGGACUGAAAAAGGCAGACCUUUGCCUGUUAACAGGAGCCGUUCCGCACCUGAGAAAAUGGUGGAUGCUGAUAGGGUGCUGGGGGAACAUCUGUGCCCCAAGAGGAAUGUGAAAGCAGUGGUGAAAUCCCAGGAAGGGGGGAGGCAGAGCUGCAAAAGGGAGGCCCCACUUAAUUCCAUCCCCAAGGAUCAUGCCUGUGAUGCUCACAAGGAAUUUUGUGUCACAGCCAAGGACACUUUGGAGAACAGUCAACAGGUGACAGUCACGGAGAAACUUUUGGACACCACUGGGGAGCCAGAUGAGAGCUACGUUCAGAUUCGCUCGCCUACAUCCCGGGAGAAGAUCUCCCUCAAAGCUGUGGUGGAGCGAUGCAAGGCCUAUCAGGACUCUGAAGAGUAUCGUAGGCGUGAGGAGGACAUUCAAGAAGGAGAUUCCAGGAAAGCACUUCAGCAAGGCCACUGGGACAAGACAGACGGUCACCAGCAAAGCCUGGUCAAGAACCUGAGAGAGAAAUUCCAGACCUUGAAUUCUAACAGCUGAGCCUCCUGAAUUUCAUACCCCCGAGGUCCAAAUGAGGAAGGCUUUGGAAUAAGCCUUUGAAGGGAGCUUUGACAUCCUCUCCAACUGAAGAGGAUAAAGGACUGACAGAGAUCUGUUCUUCCUGCAUGGAUGGGCAACUGGCUUCCUCUUGGAUUAUUGUAUUCUAUGCCAUGUGGACAGCUCCCUAGAACCUUCUGGGAAGCUGCAGGCCCCUUCAAGGAGCUCUCUGAUGGCGACGCCUUCUGAGCAGGGCGGCUGCUUUCAUUAACCAUUCUAGUGACUUGAACCUUGUAUCAACUUCCUGCUGACACCCUGCUCCACAGGGUUUUUGUUUUCUUUUGUUGGAGAUGGGGAACAUCUCCUAGAAGCAUAAUGGAGUUUCCUAUUAGAGCAGGCACACCACAAGUCAGCUAUCCCGAAGGCCAGGUGAGGAAAGUUGUGUUCUCCCCACUGGGUCCAGGCUUGCUUGGGAAGAUGUAAACCAGAGCAGAAAUGAAUGAGCCUUCUUUUGUUCACCCUCAUAGGAGAAUAAGUUAUUGUUCCCAACUCUCUCUCCUUUUUUUAAAGAUGUAAUUUUACUGUGUCUGGGAGUCUUGGUGGGUUCCAAGGCUCUCUGAAAAAGUGUAAUCUAAUAUUACCAGUUGUGUACAUAUUUCAGUCUGUACGCACUGUGCAAUAACCACUUUGGACCAAA